AUGAAAACGGUCAACCAGCCUGCUGCUGAAUCUACGUCGGCGUCUCUACCUGCCCCCAAGCCAACUACAUCGACUCGAAGAAAGGAUGACGAGCACAAAGCCAAAACUAAGCGACCGCAACCGCACUUCUCGCCCUUUGGAAGUCCCGAGUGGGCCAAAACAAUGAAAACGGCGAUGGCUACAUGUAGCAAGACACGCGAGCUACACGACACAAGUUCCGAAGUAGCCUGGACACCUGGCUUGCAGUAUGACAAGAAGAAUUGUGAAAGCUGGCCAUACGCCGGCAUUCAGACCGACCCUAAGGACAAGACGCGACCUCCACCGUAUACCAAACUAUCCGACUAUUGGGUCGCCAAGCUGGUCGCGAAUCAUCCCCGGACAACUUAUCGGGAAAGGGGCACCCUAUGGCGAUGGGACUUUCACAAGAAUGGUGAACCAAAGCGUACCCGUCACCCUCGCGGUGAUCCAGUCAUCGUCAAAAAGGGAGACACCUUGUACAUACCAGUGGUUCGCGACUUCUAUCUGCUGUGCGGCGAGCACCUGGCGGCACGUUUUCCUUGGAUCAUCAAUGUCUGCCCUUCGAGCGGCGCGAGGUUGUGGACCGGUUUAUUUUCCUUGCCGAGUUCAAGCAAUAGCUUGUUGGAUUCCGUGGCCCUGAGCACUAAGCCCAAUUUCCCUGCGAGUUUAACAUUUCCUUACGCGGGCAAGGCUCGCCUGGAAUUUGGGCCUAACAACGAUAUUAUCUGUCUUCAAAGCGAUGAGUCCCCCGCACAGUCACGUCAGGUAACAGGUUCAGUUGAGUCCGGUAUCGAGACUUCUAUCAAGGACGAUUCUUCUGAGGAGUCUACUGGAGCUGAUAUCCCGGCUAAAUCCGUUUGCAAUCAUUCUCAAUCGGCAGCCCCCGAUAGAUAUCCGAAAUCUCCCCUUUCUGAUCAGAGCGAAGGAGCUGCUUCUACCCUUCCCAUUGUCUAUAAAAAUGCCAGCCCUCUUCGUCAACUUGCGAUUCAAACACCGGUUCCUACGCAGGUCAAUCCUUCUACGUCUUUUGCUGAAGUUCAAUCGCUCUACCCUUCUCAAGGAUCCGAUAUCACCAUGAACGCCAGAUUGAGUGAAAAAUUGUCUCUCCCCCAGGGUUCUGGCCACCAUACCAACGCUCCUGGCAUGAAUGCCACAUUGAAUGAUAACGACCGUUUUGCCCGAGGCUUUCUUUGCUAUCCCGGCUUUUCUAACGCCAGGUUGAAUGACAACGACCCUUACGCCCCAGGUUAUGGCCACCAUACCAACGCUCCUGACAUGAACGCCAGAUCUGGUGAAAACGUGCCUCGCCCCCAGGGUUCUGGCCACCAUACCAAUGUUCCUGACACAAACGCCGGAUCGGGUGAAAACGAGCGUAUACCUAAAGGACCUGACAUCCAUCGCGAUGAGCCUUUUCCUGAGAUCAACGAUGCUCGGAAGCUUAUCAACAAUGCUCAGAAUCUUAUGACCAAGGCUCUUUGGCAACUUAAUUUAAUUCAAACCAAAGAGAGAAUUCGCAGUGUCCGUAUGGAUGCUAUGAGGGACGACCUACACAAGGAGCAAAAGGAGAAUGCGGAGCUGCGCGCUCAACUCAUCACAGCCGUGAACACCAUUGACCAUCCUAUGGGGUCAAAUCAGUCCAAUCGUGAAAGCACCCUGGUCCCACUUCCAGGGUCAAACCAGUCCAAUCUUGAAAACCUCGUGGUCCAUCCGAAUCAGACUAAUCAGUCUGUUCGUCCAGAUCGGAUAUAUCGUUGGAGGGAAAAUAGACGUCGUGCCCAGGCGAAUAACCCAUCUCACGAGCCUCGUGAUGAGCCUCGUCGACCUCAUGAGGAGCCUCAGUCUGACCGUCGUAAUACAACUCGUUCUCGACGGGAUUCUCCCCCUUGCGGCUCUAGUGUCACGCUUGAAAGACUUCUCUCGAUGUCAAAUUGUGAUCGCGUCGCAUGGAUGGAAGGCCGUUUGAACUGA